GGCUUUUCGUUAACGGCACCGUUUCGAAGUGUCGUUUCUCUUGCAUAAUAUUCCCUUGAAGACAUCAGGUGGAAAACACGAAAUAUUCCGCUGCACGACGGUCGCGGAAGCUCCUCGCGUACCCAACCGCACAGAAGAAAUGCAAAACCUAGCCGAAUCACAACCAGAGAGAAACCCGGACCAGGAUGAUCAAACGGUGGAGAUUGAUCUAUCAUCCACCACCACUCUUGAUCUCACCAGUUUCCAGCUCCACGAUCUCGACUCAGUGGAAUUGCCGCCAAACCUUACCGAGUUGGACCUAACAGCGAAUCGCUUAUCGAGGUUGGACCUUCGGAUUGCGAAUCUCAUUAACCUCAAAAAGCUCUCUUUUCGGCAGAACCUCAUCGACGAUGCUGCUAUCGAGCUGAUCUCUAGCUGGGACUCGUUAUCUGGUCUUGAGGAGUUAGUACUUAGGGACAAUAAACUGAUGAACAUACCCGAUGUUAGCAUAUUCAAGAAGCUCUUGGUUUUUGAUGUUUCUUUCAAUGAAAUCACUUCAUUGCACGGAUUGUUGAAGGCCUCCAACACAAUCAAGGAACUUUAUGUCUCCAAAAAUGAAGUUACUAAGAUGGAGGAGAUUGACCACUUGCAUGAGUUGCAAAUUCUUGAACUUGGUUCUAACAGAUUUCGGGUCAUGGAAAAUUUGCAAAAUUUCACAAAGUUACAAGAGCUGUGGCUAGGAAGAAACCGAAUCAAAGUGAUAAACCUUUGUGGGCUUGGAUGCAUCAAGAAGAUUAGCUUGCAAAGUAAUCGUUUAACUUCUAUGAUAGGAUUGGAGGAAUGCAUGGCCCUAGAAGAAUUAUACUUGAGCCACAAUGGUAUUGCAAAAAUGGAAGGCCUAUCAACAUUGGUCAACCUCCGAGUUUUAGAUGUUUCAUCAAAUAAGCUAACAUCAGUAAAUGACAUUCAAAACUUGACAAGAUUGGAAGACUUAUGGCUUAAUGACAACCAAAUAGAAUCACUUGAAAACAUAGCUGAGGCUGUUUCUGGUUCAAGAGAAAAGCUCACCACUAUCUACCUUGAAAAUAAUCCAUGUGCAAAGUCUCCAAAUUAUUCUGCUACUCUGAGACAAAUUUUCCCCAAUAUUGAGCAAAUCGAUUCUGAUGUAUUUGCUUAGAAGUUUAUUAUAGGUUCUUCUUUCUUUACUGUUGUAGUUGAAAGCUCAGAACAAGUCUGCAAUCAUGUGAGUAAUCUGUUGAAUGCAAUUUCUCUUCAGUUUCUCGUUGGUUGGAGCUAGCAAGUAGGAAAAAAAAAAAAAGUAAUCUCUAAUUCUUUAAAGGGUGUGGGGUUGAGGCUUUGUUAAUCAUGGGAUGUUUAUUAAAAUGUAGUGUUCCUUGUUUGGACAUUCUUUAUUUCUUGCAUUUGAACCUCUUUCCAACUGUUUUUCGUUUUGAAUUAAUAUUUCAAGCUUUCUAUCUUA